AUGGCGGAGACCGACGAGGCCGAGACGGCCACGACGGAGCGCCUCCGCUUCAAAGACGAGGAGGAGGCUGCCGGCGGUCGCCACCACGGCCGCCGCGCCUCGAUGGCAGCCAGCAGGCGGCCCCAGCUGGCCCGCUCGUCAACUGCCCUCUCGGAGGACUCCAUGUCGAUCCGUCCCUCGAGCAGGCGGGAGCCGACUGCAGUUUUGCCUAUUCAAUACCGAACCUUAUCAAUUGAUCUCGAGGACGCGAAGGCGAAAGAUAAGAAUAAUGCUGCUGUUGAGGACCUCGCCGACCUGGACUGGCACACAAUACCCACUCACGAGCUCACCCAGCGCCUAAAUGUCUCCGAUAGACACGGCCUCUCAGAAGAACAGGUCAAGCGGCGCCUCUCAAAAUACGGCAGGAACGCCCCCUCCCCUCCACAGACGCACCGGCUCAAGACCAUCACGGGCUACUUCUUCAAGGGCUUCGGGUCGGUGCUCCUGGUGGCGUCGAUACUCGUCUUCAUCGCGUGGAAGCCCCUGGGCGACCCGCCCGCGCAGGCCAACCUGGCGCUCGCCAUUGUCUUGCUCGCCGUCUUCUUCAUCCAGGCCGGCUUCAACAUGUGGCAGGACUGGAGCUCCAGCCGCGUCAUGGCCAGCAUCAAGACCAUGCUGCCCGACGAGUGCCGCGCCCUGCGCGACGGCGCCCAGGUUGCCCUGCCCGCGUCCGAGCUCGUCCCCGGCGAUGUUCUGCUUGUCGGCGCCGGGAACAAGUUGCCUGCGGAUAUUAGGUUCAUCAAGGUCUCUUCGGAUACUAAAUUCGAUCGCUCCAUCCUCACGGGUGAAUCCGUGCCAUUGGCUGCCACCGUCGACUCGACGGACCCCAACUACCUUGAGACAAAAAACAUCGGCCUUCAGGGAACGCAUUGUGUUUCCGGUAGCUGCACUGGGGUUGUUGUGUCGACGGGGAACAAGACCGUAUUCGGAAAGAUUGCGAAGCUCACGAAUGAGCCCAAGGUUGGGCUGUCGACUCUCGAGAAGGAGAUCUUGAGCUUUGUUUGGAUCAUCUGCUCUAUAAUGCUGCUCAUGAUCAUUAUCGUGAUUGUUCUCUGCUUAACGAUAAGCGCAAACAUGAUGCGGAAGAACAAGAUCUUGUGCAAAUCGCUCAAGACGGUCGAGACCCUGGGCGCUGUGAGCGUCAUCUGUUCUGACAAGACUGGAACACUCACUGCGAACAAGAUGGUCGUCACAGAUUGUUAUGUGGGCCUCGAGAAGAUGUCGGCUGACAACGUCAGAGAUACCCUCAUCGCAGAGCGAAACAUAGACGGCAACUUUGCAGGCAAUGCGAUCGACCAACUGAGGACAAUAGGCGGUCUCUGCAACGCCGCCGUCUUCGAUGCACAGACAAGAAAGCUGCCUUUGAACGAGCGGAAGAUACAUGGAGACGCCACCGACACUGCCAUUCUCCGGUUCUCCGAGUCUCUUGGACCCAUCUCUGAGAUGAAGAGAUGUUGGCACACCAAGUUCGACUUGGCCUUCAACAGCAAGAACAAGUUUAUGAUCAGGGUUCUUAGCAUGGCUCAUCCCGACGGAAAGAUCGAUGCAAUGCCACUUGACGUGGCUUCAGUGUUUGAGCCUAGUGACCUGUUGCUCACAAUCAAAGGUGCUCCUGAUCGACUCCUUGAUAGGUGUAAAUACUACAUCGGAAGAACCGGGGCGUCCCACCUCAUGACAGAGGCAGCUAAAGCCAAGAUCGAGGAGGCACAGGCGGAAUACUCAGCACGGGGCCGCCGCGUGCUCCUCCUCGCGCACAAAACGCUCUCCCGGUCCUCGUUAAAAUCCUCCCCGCUGUCAUCAGCAUUCGAGAAGGAGAUGGCAGGCCAGGCCAAGGCGGGCCUCACGCUCGUCGGCCUCGUGGCGAUCCAGGACCCGCCGAGGCCCGAGAUCCCGGGUGUGGUCCAAACCCUGCGUGGUGCGGGCAUACGCAUCUUCAUGGUGACUGGCGACUUUGCCCUGACGGCCCAGGCAAUCGCGGCCGAGUGCGGCAUCAUCACCAACGAGCCAGGGUCGGUCAAGGCCGCCGAUGACCUCAGCCGCAGCCCCCUGGCGCACUCUUCCGACCUCAACGGUGGGGAAGGCCAGGCCACCAAGACGGUCCGGUUCGAGGACCAGCCGCGGCCGACGUCCAUCGUCGUGGCUGGCUCAGACCUCAUGGCGAUGAACGAGUCGCAGUGGGACGAGCUGAUCAAGUCGUACACGGAAGUCGUCUUCGCGCGCACGACACCGGAACAGAAGCUACGCAUCGUGAGGGAGCUGCAAUCGCGGGGCCUCGUGGUGGGCAUGACGGGAGACGGCGUCAACGACGCGCCGGCGCUGCGGGCGGCGGACGUGGGAAUCGCGGUCGGGUCUGGAUCAGACAUCGCGGUGGAGGCGGCCGACAUGGUGCUGCUGGAGAGCUUCAGCAGCGUGGUGGAGGCCGUGCGCUACGGCCGCAUGAUGUUCGACAACCUCAAGAAGACCAUCGCGUACCUCUUGCCCGCGGGCAGCUUCUCCGAGUUCUGGCCCGUCUUCACCAACGUCGCCUUCGGCCUGCCGCAGGUCCUCAGCAGCUUCCUCAUGAUCGUCAUCUGCUGCUUCACCGACUGCCUGGCCGCCACCUCGCUGGCGUACGAGAAGCCCGAGGCCGACGUGCUGCUGCGGCCGCCCCGCGUCGUCGGCGUGGACCGCCUCGUCGACUGGAAGCUCAUCGUGCAGUCGUACGGCUUCGUCGGCAUCGUCGAGACGGCGUGCUCCUUCGCCAUGAGCUACUGGUACCUCGAGCGCAGCGGCAUCCCCUUCUCGCGCCUGUGGUUCGGCUUCGGCGACCCGGAGGGCAUCGACGCGGACUACUACGCGAGCAAGCUCAACGUCGCCAGCUCCAUCUACUUCAUCACCCUCGUCGUCAUGCAGUGGUUCAACCUCAUGUCGGUCCGCACGCGCCGGCUGUCCAUCUUCCAGCACCCGCCGCUCUUCAACAGGAAGACGCAGAACGUGUGGCUCUUCCCCGCCAUCCUGUUCGCCCUGGUCAUGGCCUUCUUCUGGCUCUACAUACCGCGGUUGCAGGAGGUGCUGUCCACGGCCGCGGUCCCGGUCGAGUACUGGUUCCUGCCCAUGACUUUCGGGCUGGGUAUCCUCCUGAUGGACGAGGGGCGCAAGUUCUUUGUGCGGAAGUCGCCCACGGGAUUGAUGGGUCGGUGGGCUUGGUAG